AAAAUCAUAAUCAAAACGGGCGAGGAAGCGCAAAGGCGAAGCCCAGAAGUAAAGCGUUGUGCGAGAGAAGCGCUGCUCGGGCUGAAGGAGACAGACCCUCCCACCAUGUCAUCUGACCAGACCUCUCAAUCUACAGUACCACCUCUCCACUCUCCAAAGUCACCUGUGUGGCCUAUUUUCCCAUUCAACAGAGAGGGAAGCCGGAUUUGUGAGAGGGGAAGUCAUCUUUUUCGGGACUUACCCAGCCCUCUUCCCACAAAAAGAACGAGGACUUACUCUGCGACGGCUCGUGCCUCUGCUGGUCCCAUCUACAAAGGUGUAUGUAAGCAGUUUUCACGCUCCCAGGGCCAUGGUUUCAUCAUCCCAGAGAAUGGCACAGAAGACAUAUUUGUGCAUGUUUCUGACAUUGAGGGGGAAUAUGUCCCGGUAGAAGGAGAUGAGGUCACAUAUAAAAUCUGUCCCAUCCCACCAAAGAAUCAGAAGUUCCAGGCUGUGGAGGUGGUGCUCACUCAUUUAGCACCACAUACAAAACAUGAAACAUGGUCAGGCCAAAUAAUUGGCUCAUAAACUACUUCUUGAGCCUGCAGGAAGUGGAGUUGAAUGAUAUGGUGGGUGGUGGAACUACUGGAGCAAUGAAAGAACCAGGCUGGCAAUUUUUGUUUGCUGUGUGACAUGUUUGCAAUUUUAUCUUGUCUUUUCUAAGAUCUAAUCUUAGUUUGUAAAUGUGCUUUUUUGUUAUAGAAGGGCAAGCAAGAAGUGGAAAAGUGUUGCUGGAUAGAUUUACACUUAAGUCAUGAAUUCCUGACUGUACCCAAUAGGACGAAAGUAAUCUACUGUCAAAGUAGUAUAUAUUGGCCACCCUGAUGUUUACCUGGUUCUAUUCUAAAUAAAUUAGAAAUGAAAUUGGCUAUUAUCCUAUCCCUUUAACAAAAUUUUCCCUUCCAUCUUCAGCAGAGGCUGUUGCAUUGUCAUUAAGCACCCUUCUCAGGCAGAACUGGCAUUCAGUGAGAAAGUAUUUUUCAGGGCACAAUUCUGUAUGGUCCAAACAUGGUGAAGCUGUCAUUCUUCCAGAGUUUUCUAAAUCACCUGCAGGGAUGUUUGAAGUUUUUUUGGGGUGUGUGUGUUGUAUUUCUUUACAUGUAUAAUCAUAUGCAAAGAAAGAGCCUAUAGGCUUGCUCCUGCAUUUGGAUUGCACUUCUCUACAUUUCUGUUUAUCUUUGGCUGGGUUUGAGAUCAAUGGCUUGGUUACCACUGUUGUGUAUAUAAUUAUAGUUAUAGCUUCAAGUCUUCUUUCAAAAACACUUCAUGCAUAGUGUCUGAAGUAAUUAUGCAGUAAUCCAAUAGAAUAUAACACUAAGGGAGGAGCAUUUCUAAAGACAAAUUAAUAACUCACUGUGAAGUUUUGUUCAAAUAUGUGUAAAAUGGGUGGAGGGAUUUUUUUGGUCUCAUAAAAGAUGAUAUUACCAAAAUCAGGAUCUUCUGUUUAUUGUUAUGCAAGGGAGUCAGUAAAAUUUUGCAGGUAGUUGAAGAAGAAACUUUUCUAAAUGUAUUAAUCUCAAACUGGCUUUAUUUUUUUCCAUAUGCACCACAGUGGUUUUUCCCAGUUAGCCUGAACUGUAGCAGUAUCUUGCUUCCAGACUGUUGUGAUAUACAUUCAUAUUAUACUUAACCAAUAACUUUUCUUAUUUUUUCUGUUAAUUGUAAACUAAAUUGCAUCUGUUUUUUUAAAAGGAUAGAAAAAUAUAAUACAGGAAUGGUAAUACAUGAUCUUCCAUUGAUUGCAAUUAAAAGUAUGUAUCCAAGGGUAUUCUAGAAUUCAGCCUCUACUGAAAUGUGUUAUUUUGCUGACAUUGUACUUUUCAUAUACAGUGUUAAGUAUUGCCCAUGAUUGCAUUUGUGUCUACUAAAAGUAAUACAUAAUAAAAUCCCCUGCAGAUGAA